AUGUGGCUUGGUGCUAGGAGACAAGACUACGAAAGUUUAAUAGAAAGGCCAUCCCCCGUAGUGUUUGUGGAGGAUCUGUCCAAAGAAGAUAAACAGAGAUUACACGCAAAAGAAAAUAUCCUUUUUGAAGACCAGGGAAUUGUGAAUUUAGGAAACACCUGCUACUUCAACGCAGUAUUGCAAUUCUUAACAUCCUUUGAUGAUUUAGGGGCUUUCCUUUGCAGCAUAAAAAGAAAGGAAAAACAUUUAUUGAAAUCCACAAAGGAUAUUUUAUUCGAUUCAUAUAUUCACUUUUCUCAAACGUUUGGAAAAUCCCCCGAGCCAUAUGUCCCUCUGGAAUUGUUAAAAUCCUUUAGGGAUGUCUUCCCCAAAUUUAGAACUGUAAAUUUAAGGACGAAACAAUUUGCACAGCAGGACGCAGAAGAAUGCAUGAGCGCCAUUCUUACGUCAUUAAAUGACCAGACCGAGUGUAAAAUUAGCGAUACGUUGUUUUCGUUUAAGGUGAUCAGCAAGGUUAGGUGCAUAGAGGACGAUGCUCCUGGGGAGCAGAAACCAACUGGGGAGAACUCCUCAGGGGAUAACGCACCAAAAGAAAAUCCACCCAGUGCAGCCGCAGGAGAGGAAGUAGAGACAACAGAAGAGUUCCACAAUAAACUAAUUUGCUACAUGGGAACACACACCACCCCUGUGAACCACAUGCAUGAAGGAAUACGACUAUCCCUGAUUGAGAAAAUCCAAAAGCAGCGAUCUGAGGAUAGUAAGGAAGAUGCCCUUUUUGAAAAAAAAUCAGAAAUCAACUCCCUCCCACCAUAUCUAAUUGUUCAUUUUUUACGUUUCGAAUCGAAGAAGAUCUCCGAGUCGAAUAAUGCCAUUUCCGUCGUUACUGCCAAAAUAUGCCGAAAGGUGAGCUUUCCAGAGACGUUUGACAUUUAUGAUUUCUGCUCAGAUGAACUGAAGACUCAAUUGAAGGUAGCUCGAAAUAUUAUGAUGAAGAGGAAAGAAGCGGACUUGAACGCUCGCGGGGCUUCCGAAGGUAUUGGAGGAAGCACUGCCAUAAGUGCACAGAAAAACGAGGGCGUGAACGAUAAUAGUGUCAACGACACCACCAACGAAUACACGAAUGGCGUGACGAGCGAUAAGGCAAUGGCUGCGGAGCAGAUGGAUAAUGAGGAUUGCAGCCCAACGCAAAAUUUGACGGAAAUCCCCAUUGGGGAAUAUGAACUGAUUUCAAUAAUCACACACAAGGGGAGAAACGAAGAAAGUGGUCAUUACAUUGCCUGGAAAAAAAUGAAGAGCUCCAUAGGCGCAGAUAGCAGUACGUACAAGGAAGAACUAACGAGUAAGAAAAAAAAAGGAAACGAUUCCUUGUGGUAUAAGAUGGAUGAUGAUAAGGUAAGUACGCAUAAAUUUUCUUCCCUUGAUUUAUGUGGAGGGUGCAGUGAUUUUAACAUAGCUAUAUUGCUUCUGUAUAAGCGAAAGACCCUGUUAUGCACACAGAAGGAAUUGGACCCGCAUGACAACUGA